AUGAAGGUGGACUUGAAGCUGAACAGGGACAGGGAUCUGGACAUGGCGAGUACCCACAUACCAGAUACUACGAUGGGAGGAGUGACCACGUCGACAACCACGGCGUACGCAACACCACCCCCAACCUCAACCCCAACCGGACCCAUUGACUGGGGAAAGAGAAGGGAUGAAGUAAAGGCGGGGUUCGUGCAUGCUAUGAAGGAGUAUAAAACGCAUGCGUUCCCACAUGAUAAGCUGUUGGCGGUUUCGGGGAAGUUUUCGGACAAAUUCAACGGAUGGGGUGUAACGCUUCUUGACUCCCUCGAUACAAUGUACAUAAUGGGUUUACACGACGAUUUCGAAGAUGCCCUUGGGUUUGUGGGGAACCUUACUUUUUCUAUGCCCCAACCUCCUACGCCCACUUCUUCGACACGGUCAUCCGCUACCUCGGCGGCUUCGUCUCAGCACACACACACUCCUCCCCCAUCCUAUGCUCAGAGGCUGACUUGGGAGGCUGCUCUUGUCUAUGUUUAA